AUGAUAAAAUGUUUUGGAAAAUUGGGGGGAACAAUUAUUCUGUUUAGUUUUCUUUUGUUUGCUGAGAGCUGGGUCAGUAGUCUGGCCUGGAAUAAAAUAUCAAAAACAGCCACUACACCAUUGGUUAAGGAUAUACCAUUUUUAUAUGAUUAUAAAAAAAAUAAAGGAAAAAAUGCAUAUGCAAAGAGAGAUAAGCCACAUAUAGAAGCAUAUCAAUACACAAAGGAUGUACAAAAUAAAAAUAGGAAGCAAACGAAAAGACAUUUGGUUUCUUUUUUUUUAAAAUAUGACACACUUUCAUAUUUGAAUAAAAUCAAUGUGAGAAAUAAAACUUUUUCAAGUAACCACAACAUAAAACAUAGAAAUAUUUUUUGGAAAAAUCAAGAAAAUGAAAAAAACAUCAUAAGCAUGCAUAUAUAUUGUUCAGACGAAAAUAAUAAUAUAAAAAAUAGUAAUAAUAGCAACUGUGAUAGUAUAAAAAAGGAAACAUCAGAAGAUGAAACCUCUCAAAAUUCUAUAGUAGAUAACCAAAAUAAUGUUUUGUCAAAUGAAGAUAAACAAGAGGAACGAAAUAAAAAAAGACAAUUUUUGACAGAUACAAAAUAUUACAAACGAAGUAAAUAUUCUAAAGCAGGAAAAAUAAAAGAAAUAAAUAUAAGCAACAAUCUUAAUAAUACAAUAUAUGAUAAUAAUCACAUUUUUGAUAAUAUAAUAAAAAAUGAUGAUAAUGUAUUAACAUAUGUAGAAUCAUUUGAAGAUUUAGAAAAUUUAAAAAAAAAUAACAAAGUAAAUAAUAUAAACAUUAGUAAUACUAAUCUUCCAGAUGUUUUAAUAAAAAAUUAUUAUGCAGAUUCAAUGAGACCAAAUGAUCUAGAUCUUGUUAAAAAAUAUAAUCACUUAGAAAAUAAUAUAAGUACUAAUACGAAUUCACAAACAAAUCAAACUGAAAACACACCCAAUAAGAAUAUUUCAUUUAUGAAUGAAUUUUCUGUUAUUGGUGAAAUUGUAGGAGUACAUGGAUUACAAGGAUGUCUAAAAGUAGUGAGUUAUACCACAUUCAAUGAUAUCAGAUUUAAAGAAAAUAGUUAUCGUUACCUUUUUAUGAAUUCAUAUCCAUACCCUAUACCAAUAAAAAUUACAUAUGUAAAAGAAUCAUUAAAAAUUGGGUUUCUUUAUAUUAAAAUUGAAAAAAUAUAUUCACGAACUGAUGCUUUAAGAUUAAAAGGCUGUCUUAUAUGUGAUGAUAAAAGAAAUUUUCCAGAUAUUGGUGAAAAUAAAUAUAUAUCUACAGAUUUACUAAAUUUUGAUAUACACAUUUUUAAUGAUCCUACUAAUAUGCCAAUAGGAACUGUUUUUUCUUUUGUUUCUAAAUAUGACUACAUAUGUAAUAAAUCAGUGCAAGAUAUCGCUGAAGAUUUAAUUAAAAUUGAGCUUAAUAAAAAUGUAUCAAUAAGCAAAAUAUUCAAUAUUUUAAAGGCUAGCCGAGCUAACGAAAAUGCGGAAGAUUUAAAAAAAAAACAUGCACCUGUUAAGGUACUUAUCAACCGUAAAAAUUUUAAUCUUUAUCAAACGGAUGAAAAAAUAACUAAAGAAAAUUAUGAUAUAGAUGAAGCAGACAAAAUUAAAGGAGACAAAAAUUAUUAUGAUUCAUUAGAAAAUUUUGAAGGCUAUUCAUAUAAAAAAAUUUAUAAAUGUGAUUUUUGUGAUGAUAUUUAUGAUAAUUUAAAAGAAGCAACUGAACAUGAAAACUCACAUUUUCAACAUGACGAAGAGAUGCUGUUUCAUUCUUCUGAGUCCAAUGCCAAUAAAGAAUCCCUUUAUGAAUUGACUGAAGAUGAAUUAAAGAAUAUUAAAAAAAAAAUUAACUAUUUCUUUGUUCCCAUAGUAAAAGAAAAAACAAUAAGAUUGGUACAUUAUGAGCACAAAAAAAUUUACCUAGAUAUAUCCACCAUCUUUUUGUUAGACAACCCAAAAUAA